CAAAACAACGUGACACGCCACAUGUACACGCCUCCUGCGACGAAGCCUCAAACGAAAAAUUUCAUUCCCAACGCUCUCAUUCGAACGUAAGGAUAGGAAGUGAACACACAGUGCGCGCUAUUAUUUCGUGCUUUUCUCUUUAAGUGUCUGUGUUUUUCUCAAGACAUUUUUAUUUUCCAUCAAAUGAAUUAUAAUUGGAUAACUAUUAUUUUAUUAUUCGCUUUAUAAAACCGUAAAGUUUUCAUUUAAUCUUUUAAAUUAUAAGAAAAGAAACAUUUUGAGAUACAAAAUGAUGCUGUAUGAGUCAAUGCAUUUCCAAGUCAACGACCACUUCAACGAACACGAGUUCCAUUCAAACUCGAGGAUCACCGAAAGAAGACCUAGCGCUCCAAUGGUCACCAAUAAAUCGGCAUGUUUUAAACCAAAUCCGAAAAAUAUUGCUCGGACUAACAGUUAUGUAGUUGGGCAAAAACUAAGGGAAUCGAAAUGGUUCGACCACGACGAAUUGAAAAUCUUUUCUUCAGUCGUAGAAACCGGGUUUAUCAUUCAAAGAAAAACGGACGAAGAAGAACCGAAAGCUUUCGGAAUUGUCGUCUGGACCACCGGUUAUGAAAAAAGCAAGCAACCAGAACACAUUCACAUCUACUCCCUUAGAGAACAUCGGGGAACGUUAAAAAUGCAUCAUUUCACUGUUGAAGAGUUUUGGCCGGAAGGAACUCUAUUAAAAAUAAACAACUUUUCAGAUAAAUCCGAAACGCCUCAUUCCGAGGAUGUGAUUAAAAAACAAAUAACCAGCGCUGAAAAGACGAAAAUGAAGUGGCACAACACUGAGCAUUUUGCGUAUUUUUGCCGGUACGGUCAACCGGAAACGCCUAGAAGUAAACAUAGCAGCGAAAAUGUAAAGGGUAUCAAUUUUGGAUUGUACGCGGGCUUUGCAAUGUUCAGGCGGAUGAGGAGAGGUUCUAGCCAAAAGUGAAAAUUAUAAAGUUUCUGUGUAAAAAGAUUUUUUUUGUAGUUUAAGACACCUCAGUUCGCGCUUAGUCAUGUAGAUAGCGUUUGUAAAUAUUUAUAAUAUAUAGUAUUUUAUAAUUAUUAUAAAACUAAUCGUAUUUGUAUUGUAACAAAUGUUUUA